GCUGUGGUCUGUAUGAUAGAGGAGUGGCUGUGUUUCUGGUGGUGACUUCAAACAUGGCUGCACAGGACGAGCUCAAUCAAUUGGAGCGUGUGUUUAUGCGCUUGGGCCAUGCUGAAACAGAUGAGCAGUUGCAGGAUAUUAUAUCCAAAUUCCUGCCCCCGGUACUCCUCAAACUGUCCAGUGUGCAAGGAGUUCGCAAGAAAGUUAUGGAGUUGCUGGUACACUUGAACAAAAGGAUAAAAAGUCGGCCAAAGGUACAACUGCCUGUGGAAACACUAUUGGUUCAGUAUCAGGAUCCUGCUGCUGCAUCUUUUGUCACGAACUUUACUAUAAUCUACAUUAAGAUGGGCUAUCCCAGGCUGGAGGUGCCCAAACAGUGUGAACUUGCACCUACUCUACUUACAGCAAUGGAGGGGAAACCUCAGCCCCAACAGGACAGUCUGAUGCACUUGCUGAUUCCUAUAUUGUAUCACAUGAAAUAUCCAUCAAAGCCUUCUAAAGCUUCCCCAUUCGUCCUAACGGAGAGGCCCAAAACCGUACAGCUUCUCCUAGAGUUCAUGCUUGAUGUACUCCUGAUGCCAUAUGGGUUUGUGUUAAAUGAGCCUCCCAGUCGUCCAGCCCCCUCUUCCCCACAAGGGGGAGCUGUGGCUGCACAGGGUCUCCCUCAGCCUCCUCCAGGAAUGAGCGUUUACGCUGUAAAAAGAGUCAUCGGAGAAGCUCAGUGGACCCCAGAACAACUUGAGCAGUGUAAGCUGGGGAUUGUUAAGUUCAUAGAGGCAGAGCAGGUCCCUGAGGUUGAAACAGUUAUUCACUUAGUUGUUGCCUCAAGUGACACUAGACACAGUGUCGCCACUGCAGCUGAUCUGGAACUAAAAAGCAAGCAAAGCAUUAUUGACUGGAACAAUCAACUCAUCAUCAACAAAAUGUAUAAAGUGUACCUGGGUGAUAUUCCACUUAAAACUAAAGGUGCCACGGUAAAACAGGAACUAAAGCAUGAGCCAGUCAGCACCAGAGUCAAGCUCAAGAUUUUGCCUCAUCUUCUCCGCUCUAGAUUGGCUGCUGAAUGCUUUCCUGCAAAUAUACAGGUGGUCUAUGAUGGGCUUUUUGGAUCAAACACCAACAACAAACUCCUGUCUCUCACUCUACAGUUUGUGCAUCAUAUCUGUAUGGUGUGUCCAGAGACUAACAACCCACUAGGUUUGAUGUUACUGAAUGGGCUUACCAAACUUAUUAAUGAAUAUAAAGAGGAUCCUAAACUACUAUGUAUGGCAUACUCAGCAGUUGGAAAGCUUUCAAGUCGGAUGCCUCAGCUUUUCACGAAAGACAUUGCAUUGGUACAGCAGUUUUUUGAGUCCAUGUGCAAGGAGGAGGCUGAUGUGCGAUUGGCCAUUCAGGAGGCCUUGUCUAUGAUGGUGGGAGCAUAUGCUAACCUUUGCGGGGCACUUCUGAACCUAAUGGAAGCGCUGGUAGCUGCUUAUAUCGGAAAGCCGGAGGUGCAGGUGCGUCAGAUAGCAAUGAAGUUUGCCAGUACAGUGUUUGCUCCUGAUCACGUGGCCUCUAGAUAUCUCUUACUGCUGGCUGCUGGAGAUCCUCGUGAGGAAGUGUCUAGUGAGGCCCGGCGUGCUCUUAGGUCUCUCCCUUCUAAGACGACAGAAAAAGAGGGAUCAAGACCUAUGCCGUCCUUCCCUGAGAUGGUCCGCUACAUUCAGGAAGAGGCUGCACAGAGAUUGAAGACUCCUGCGAAAUACAUAGUUGGUACUUCCACGCUGCCUUUUAACCCUGCCACAUUUGGGGAGAUAGUUCUUUAUCUUAGAAUAUGUCUGGCUUAUAGCGCUGGAGCCACACCCACUUCUCGGAGCCCGAUUGACAUGCAGGAUGACGCUCCUCUGAUUGGACGCUAUAUUCAGUCUUUGCUGUCCAAUGAAGCUCCUACUUCCUCCACCUCUAAAGGAGGCGAGACCAAUCCAGUUCAAGUAUACAUGGACUUACUUCAACAGCUGCUGUCAGCUGUAGGAGGUAUUCCAGUGAUGUACUCUCUUUUGGAAGUGGUGUCUGUGUGCCCAGAAAAACUUGCUCCCAUGUUUGCAGAGAAAAUCGACUGGAUAAAGGGUCUCAUGAACACUAAUAAAGAAGACAUGCGCGAGUUGGCAGCUCAGCUGUAUGCCGUGGUUGUCUCCACUAUGUCUGGAAAUGAACUUAAAACUGCUGUCCAUUACCUGAUCAAGACAACUAAAGACACUCAUAGUCCUGAGACUCAGCAUGGCGCCAUCUUGGCUCUGGGCUACAUGGUGGGCAGGUACAUGAGUAAUAGGCGGAGCCUGAUGCCUAAUGAAGCCACUCCCAAAGAAAAUGAGGAACUAAUUGCCAUUGCGACGAAAACCAUUGGUUCAUUUUUGGAAAGCGAUGCUCCUUUGUUGACUGUUGCUGCGGUGACUGCAUUGGGUGAGAUUGGACGGAACAGCGUGCUGCUGAUACCAACAGAUGGAGAUGGCUUAACCAAACUCAGUCUAGUGGAUAAUCUGCUUGCCAGGAUCCCCUCUGGCAAAGAGACCGGCAAGAUGAAAGAACGUGCCAUCCAGACUCUUGGGUUUCUGCCAGUGGGAGAUGGAGAUUUCCCUCACCAGAAGAAAAUCCUGCAGGGCCUCAUGGAUUCAGUAGAGGCCAAGCAAGUGGAGCUGCAAUUUACGGUGGGAGAGGCUUUAACCAAUGCUGCAAUUGGAAGCUGCUCUGGAGCGGCCCGAGAUGUAUGGACUUGUACAGAAGAUCAGUACUGCCCCCCUGACAAUAUAAAGAACAAUGAUGUAGUGCCAUGGGUUUUGAACUCUGUCUUGUCUAAAUACAUACCGAGUGUAAACCCUCACGUUCGGCAGGCUGCCUGCAUAUGGCUCCUGUCUCUAGUCAAAAAACUCAGCCAUCACAAAGAAAUACAGUCUCAUCUGAAGGAGAUACAGGUGGCCUUUAUCUCCAUCUUGUCUGAUCCAGAUGAACUUAGCCAGGAUGUGGCAUCUAAAGGACUCGGGUUGGUUUAUGAGCUGGGAGGAGAACAGGAUCAACAGGAACUGGUGUCAACCCUUGUGGAAACGCUCAUGACUGGUAAAAGAGUUAAACAUGCCGUAUCGGAGGACACUGAAGUCUUCCAGGGGGAGUCCCUUGGUAAAGCACCCGAUGGGCAUGGACUCUCCACCUACAAGGAGCUGUGUUCGUUAGCUAGUGACCUAAACCAACCAGAUCUCGUUUAUAAGUUCAUGAAUCUUGCCAAUCACCAUGCCAUGUGGAAUUCUAGGAAGGGGGCAGCAUUUGGCUUUAACAUCAUUGCCGCAAAGGCAGGUGAGCAGCUGGCUCCUUUCCUGCCUCAGCUGGUUCCCCGCCUCUAUAGAUACCAGUUUGACCCCAACCUGGCCAUCAGACUGGCCAUGACUAGCAUCUGGGAUGCUCUCGUCACGGAUAAAACCAUUGUGGAGAAAUAUUUUAAGGAUAUUCUUCAGGAUGUUAUAUCCAACCUCACCAGUAACAUGUGGAGGGUGCGGGAGUCAAGCUGCAUGGCUUUGAACGAUCUGAUUCGUGGGAGGCAGGCAAAUGAAAUCAUUGAACGCCUAUCAGAAAUCUGGGAGACUCUAUUCCGGGUCCUGGAUGAUAUAAAGGAGUCUGUUCGUAAGGCAGCAGAUCUGACUCUGAAGACUCUCAGUAAAGUGUGUGUGCGCAUGUGUGAAUCGACAGAUGCUGCUGCUCAAAGGACAGUGGCUGUGAUGUUGCCAACUCUACUGGACAAAGGCAUCGUCAGCAAUGUGGCUGAAGUGCGAACUCUCAGUAUCCAGACUCUAGUGAAGAUCAGUAAGACGGCUGGCAGCCGUCUGAAGCCGCAUGCUCCUCGACUCAUCCCCGCUUUGCUGGAGGCUCUGAGCGUGCUGGAGCCCCAGGUGCUCAACUACCUCAGUCUGAGAGCCACAGAGCAGGAGAAGAGUGCCAUGGAUGCUGCUAGGUUAAGUGCAGCCAAGUCCUCUCCUAUGAUGGAAACUAUUAAUAUGUGUUUGCAGCACUUAGAUGUGUCUGUGUUAGGAGAGCUUGUUCCCAAACUCUGUGAUCUACUCAAGAGUGGAGUCGGACUUGGAACAAAGGGAGGAUGUGCCAGUGUGAUUGUGUCAUUGACAGUGCAGUGCCCUCAAGAUCUCACACCAUAUUCAGGUAAACUCAUGAGUGCACUCUUGAAUGGGAUCAAUGACCGCAGUAGUGUCAUUCAGAAGUCAUUUGCCUUCGCCAUUGGACAUCUGGUCAGGACAGCCAAAGACAGCAAUGUUGAGAAGCUUCUGCAGAAACUAAACACCUGGUACCUGGAGAAAGAGGAGGCGCUGUUUAAGUCGUCAUGUUGUCUGGUGGUUCAUGCCAUCAGUCACUACAGUCCUGAUGUGCUGAAGGCUCAUGCAGGAGUUGCUCUCCCGCUGGCAUUUCUGGGCAUGCACCAGGAGCCUGAAGAGGAGAAAGGAGAGAACUCUGAAGCCAACCUGUGGACUGAGGUCUGGCAGGAACACGUACCUGGAAGCUUUGGGGGAAUCAGACUGUACAUGACAGAGCUCAUAGCCAUUACUCAGAGGGCUCUGCAGUCUCAGUCCUGGAAGAUGAAGGCUCAGGGUGCGGCUGCCAUGGCAACUAUCGCUAAGCAACAGACAGGCUCACUGGUAGCACCUCAUCUGGGCAUGGUGUUGAGUGCACUACUACAGGGGCUCGCAGGACGCACCUGGGCUGGGAAGGAAGAGCUGUUGAAAGCUGUUGGAUCAGUAGUGUCUAAAUGCAGUGUGGAGCUACAGAAGCCUGCAGUGGGUCAACCGACUGUGAGCGAGGUGCUGGAUCUGGUGCUGAAAGAAUGCAAGAAGGAGAGUCUUGUUUAUAAAAUUGCAGCUUUGCGCAGUGCUGCAGACAUCUUGGAGUCGACGGAGACCGAUCGUUUUCAAGAAGUCACUGAAUUUGUGCUUCCUCUCAUCAGAAAGAAUCAGCCAGCUGGUGCUGGCUCCCCGAGGCAUGAUGAAGACGAUGACGCUAAAGCUCGUGAGCUGCAGACGGAAAUACUGCUGUGUGCAUUUGAAACACUUGGGAAAGCCUGGCCUAAAACCGUCCAGACACAGAGUCAGUUCCAGGUUGAGGUUUGUAGUGUAAUGUGCGAACGACUGAAAUUGAGCACAUGGAGGGUCCAACUGGGAGUCCUGCGAGCAUUGAAGGUUUUCUUUCAGAGGUUGCUGCUGUUGGAUAAGGAGCAUCAGAAUGCUUCCCUUCUGACUGAGAUGUUGUCAGAAACCUGCACUGCCCUGACAUCACCACUAGAAAACAAAAGUUAUUCUUCAGUAAGAACAGAUGCCUUGGCUGCAGUUGAACUUCUUUUGAAGAGGCUUGAAGAGAGUGAUCAAUGGGAGUGCCUGUCUGAGAGGAGCCGGCAACAGCUUCAGCGUUCUUUAGCCACCAUGGAAACAGACAGCUUUCCAGAACUUAAGGAGAAAGCCCAGACAAUGAGGAGAAAAAUACAGGCCCUGCCAUGAAUAACCUGCCCACACACAAACACUCUCGCAGGCAAAACCUGUCCUGAGGGUUUAUUCGGGAAUCUCCACCAUAAGUUCCAAUAGUAAUCCGCAGUUUUGUCACAUACAUUCACUUACAAGCACACAUACUAUGCCGUAAUGUCUAUUCUUCAUUUACAUACAACAUUCUAGUGUCCACCAUAAACCCUUUCUCAUGUGUAAACUGUUUGAAAUUGAAAGUGUCUGCUCUUAAUGAGUCAUGCAGAGGCUGCCACACUGAAAUUUACUUUUUAACCAAUGUGCAAAGACUACAGAAAUGGUUUGCUUUGAUCAUUUUUGUAAUAAAAAAGAAAAAGAGUUUGUAAAGUCUGGUCAUAUGCUGGCAGGCAUGUCAGUUUAAGCCUUUUAUAGUUUUGCUGAGACAUGAAUUUUUUUUUGUCCACUUCAGCCAUUUUUGCUUCUUUGAACCUUACAUUGUCGUUUGUGCUAAAAAUUGUGGAGAUUACGAAUCAGAAGACUAGUUGCAGAUAUGAUACUGCUUUUUGCAAUGUCGUAUUACAAUCUGUUUUGUUUCUAACAGGGCCUGAACUGUCUGUGUGCUUCACACACACUGUGUUUCACCCUCAAGGGUUUGCGUGACUACUGCAGUUUCUUCCAGUUUAUGAAAUUCUCCUCUCAUUAAGGCACUCACUGAAUGAAGCUGGAUGAUUGAGAGCUAUCUACAUAGUUGCCUUCAUCCAUUGAGUGCUGUUGAAGUGAAGCAGAAGGAACGAUGAGCUGUCAAUACUGAAUGUAACUUUGGAUAAAAAUAAAAAUUUUCUCAAAUGAGGGUUGGUGUAGAGGUAUUAAGAGUGUGUUAAAUGGAAGUUUGUAACAUAAACUACAUUGAAACCUUAAACCUGCCCUUGUCAGUGUUUGCAUGUGUGAAAAUAUAUUUUCUAUAAGGAUAAAUCAUACGUUCAUAAAGAGGCACAUUUUACGGCGUCUUAUUUCACCCAUUGUGGAGUUCUGACUAGGGGUGAACUGAUACAGACAGUUUACCGGUAACUAAUGUGGUGGAAAAGGCUAAUAACCAAUUCAUUGGCUGAUAGUUAAAAAUGUAUAUGUAUAUAUAUAUAUAUAUAUAUAUAUAUAUAUAUAUAUAUAUAUAUAUGGAAUGUUAAAAACAUUUCUUAGUCUUUCCAUACAGAGGCUACAAGAGUCAAAAGAUGAUAAUCCCACAUGCAGUUUAAUUGUUCAACCAAAAUAUAUUCAAACCAAAGAUAUUAAUAAUAACCAGAAGGGAAAGAAAUGAAGAUUUGGUGCAUAAUGUGCAACUUUUAACAAUAAAUAUGUCUGAAACACA